AUGAAAAACUAUGCAAAUGUACUCACAUCUGACAGGCAUGAGAUUGUUAAUAUAUUGAACAAAAGUUUUCAAUCGGUUUUUGUUAAAGAGCAUGGUGAAAUUCCGGAGUUUGUACCACGUAUUACAAAACCUUUUGAAUGGGAUUGGAAAAAUGUUGUUACAAAUGAGGCAAUUCAGCAAAAACUGUAUUCUUUGGACGUCAACAAAGCAUGUGGUAGUGAUGCUUUAAUUUACCGAAAAUCAAUUGAAACAGGAAAAAUUCCUAGCAAAUGGAAAGAAGCAAAUAUUACUCCAAUAUUCAAGAAUGGAAAUACAACAGACCCGCUUAACUACAGACCCGUAUCAUUAACAUCUGUACCAGGCAAAGUUAUGGAAGCAUUCAUAAAAGAAGCAAUAUUGACUCAUCUGAUGGAAAAUAAAUUGCUAUCAAAAAAUCAACACGGCUUCGUAAAAAAUAAAGCCUGUGUAACAAAUUUGCUAGAAACAUUAGACAUUUUAACAGCAAGCAUGAGUGACAGUUUAGCGGUAGAUAUGAUUUAUAUGGAUUUUGCCAAAGCCUUUGAAAAGGUUCCACAUAAAAGACUGUAG